AUGAGGUAUACCGCUGGGCAGCCCAUCAACGGUCACGCCAACUCGGAGGUAAGUACAAGACAAUCGCCUCUGGGGCAGGCUCCCUCGUUAGUUGUUGAGCGAGCCCUCUGCUCCGUUGCUCGGAGCUGCCUGUCCUCCGAUGCGGCGUCCAUGAGCGGUGACGAGGCGGCCGAUGGUCGUCUCGACCCGGCGGAGGGCGACCCUGCCGUCUUUCGGGCCGGCCGAGACACCGGCUUCAGCCGUGCCUGCUCGUCUUCUCCGCUCGCGUCCGGCCUCUGCUUGAGUCCGGCCAGUUCGCAGACGUCGUCGCACUUGACCGCAUUCUCGCCGAUCCCCAACGCAUCUCCUCCGUCGCCUCGGCUGCUGUUGUCGAGACAGCCCUCCUCGCAGCCCCCUAACACUUCGGCCGAGGCCAAUUUGUCGUCGGCGCCUUCGCCCGACUCGAGCCGACCCGCGGGCAGCACGUCUUCUGCCCUCAGCUCGUGUCCACUCGUCUCCUCCGGCUCAAUCUCCAGCCCCUCCAGGCACUACGAGGACACUCCGAUUGUGCUGCUCCCCCCCGCGGACGCCUCGUCACACCCAUCCUCAUCGCUGCCACUGUCACUGCCACCACCACCGCCACCGCCACCGCCACCGCCACCGUCAACUCGCAACUACGGGCUACUCUACAAUCUGUUGGUCGCCAGGGGGACGGCUCUGUCGGCCUUAUCCAGCCCCACGUGUCUCGAGAAGCGGCACUCGCCCAAGCCGACCAGCCGGUCUCCGAUUCCCGCUGGCCUCCCGCCCCAAGACAAUCAGGCUUCGGCCAACGGCACUCUACGUCACCAUGCACCUGACCAUAGCCAUGAGAACGGCGGUCCUUGCUGGCGCCACUCGCAGAGAGCACAAACUCCGCGUCGCCGGCGCAGCUUCGUCUCGCCGACCGGUGAUCCCCUCAUCCUGGCAAUGGCGCAGACAGGCAGCAGCCCUCAUCGCUCGUUCGCUUCUGCCGCCUCUUGCCUACCCGACGCUCUCAGCCCGGCCGGACUACCGGGCCUCCAUCAGGCCAGCGUCUCGAGGCACCAAGCCUCUGUCAGCCCUGGCCACACGGUCUGCCCUAACAGUGAAGGCCCCGCUUCCCGUGGCCACCCACUCACUCCUUCGCUCCCCCUCGCAUCCUCCUCGUCCUCGUCCUCUUCCUCGCCCCUCUCUUCGUCCCCCUCAUCCUCUUCCUCCUCCUCCUCCGCUUCUUCUUCUUCUUCUUCUUCUUCUUCGUCGUUGUCGUCGUCAUGCCUCUUUUAUCCCGCCUCCAACAAACACCUCAACGGUACAGUGUGGCCACCGCCGCCUUGCAAAGUUUCCCGGCCCUGCAGCCCCUCCGACCUGGAUCUCGAGCCGAUCAGGCCUGGCCUCCUCACCAACGGUCGACUCGCCUCGCCCGAGCCCGUCGGCCAGCUCGGCUCGUUGGCAUCUGCCAGACUGCCGCCUCUCGACCAGCGCUCGUCCGUUGCUGGUCCAACCGCGGCCGGUAUCCACGCUCGCCAGCACCGGCACCACUUGGAGUCCGGUCUCGUCAAACCGCCGGCCCAGGCCCACUUGCCUGCCUCACCGCUGGCCGCCACCAGCUGCGCUUCGCCAGUCCUCGCGAUGGCAACCGCCGUGGAGAGCAGACCGUGGUUACACGAGAGGUCCUCGAGGCUGGCCGACCUUUUGAGUAGUUCA